CAUCGUUAUUUUCACUUCCCCUCCCUGUCACUUCUCGUUAAAUCCUUUCCUCUAAGUUCUGGGGUUCCUUACAGUCUUCCUCUCUGUCUCACGAUCUCUCAGGUACCCUCUCUUGCGUCUAUCGCUGUCCGUUGGUGCUGUCGUUGCUUAACAAAUCUCGAAUAUGCGAAACCGGUUCUUUAAGCUACCGUGGACGGGGCUGAUUAACUACCAUGCAUAUCUAUUGCUGUCCCUUGGGUUCACGUAGGGCUGGAUCUUGGAGUUGUUGCAGAGAAAGAAAGUUGCUUUUGUACACUCUCGUGUAAAUUAGAGCAACCCAAUUUGUAUUUAUGAUUCCGAUGGUUGAUAUUCCCAAAAGGUUUUUGUGACUGAUAAAUAGGAAUUCAGUUACUAGAUAUUCAGAUCAAUUCGCUGUUAGAUUGCUAGGUUCUUCAUACCAUGCCAGUUAUUCAGAAACUAUAUGAUGCCUGCAAGGUGUCCUUCUCUUCUAAUGGUCCGAUAUCCGAAGAAGCUCUCGGAAAAGUUCGUGCUAUCUUAGAUGAUUUGAGGCCUUCUAGUGUGGGUCUUGAACAGGAGGCACAAUUGGCACAUCAAUGGAAAGCUUCCAUGAAUGGUAGCAAUGGGAAAAAAGGGCGAAAUGGCAAUCAUCAGUACCCACCUCCAAUCAAAUAUUUGCACUUGCAUGAAUGUGGAAAAUUCUCUAUAGGAAUUUUUUGCAUGCCGCCUGGAUCUGUCAUACCACUUCAUAAUCAUCCUGGAAUGACUGUGUUAAGCAAGCUUCUUUAUGGCACGCUACAUGUGAGAUCAUAUGAUUGGCUUGAUAUGCCUGGGUCUGCAGAUCAAUCUCAAGCCAGGCCCGCAAAACUUGUUAGGGAUUGUGAGAUGAGUGCACCUUGUGGUAUUACCACCCUUUAUCCAAACAGUGGUGGCAAUAUCCACUGUUUCAAAGCCUUGACUCCCUGUGCUCUCUUUGAUAUUCUUUCACCCCCAUACUCCUCGGAAGAUGGCCGGCAUUGCUCGUAUUUUAGGAAAUCCCCUAGGCGAGAUCUACCAGAUCUUGAUAAGCUAUGCGGUAUAGAAUCAUCUGAGGUGGCUUGGUUGGUAGAGAUUCAACCUCCUGAAAACUUAGUGGUCCGGAGGGGGCUGUACAAGGGCCCCAUUAUUAGAAGUUGAAUUUUUUUUGUAAUGCAAGUACCAUAACAAUUAGUUACAUUGGCCAAAAAACAGAGGAGCCAAUAAGGUGAUUGCUAUAGCGCUUGCCAUCCACGGCCAUGGCAAUAGUUGCUGGGAUGUUGGCGAUAACUACUGUCAUUCCCAUCCUGAGGCAUUUGAUUGUACAUAUCUCUUGCAAUGGCUUGGCGUUGAAUGCCGCCAAACAUCUUGUACUCAACACAUGGUGUGAUUGUUUCCUUUUUGUAAUAAACAUUCAGAUAUUCGACUUCCAAUUUGAUCUUGGCUGCCUUGAGAUGUUUUCUGUUCUGCAA